UAAUAGUGCUAUAUUUAGGGUAGACUUGCGCUUUUAUUCGUAGUAAAGAACUUAAGAAGUGAAGUCCCAUUUUAGAAUCUUUCUUAUUGAAAACUAAGUCUGAUUCUUCUUGUUAUUUUUGCUUCCAUUUGGCCUGCUGAAUGCCAGAGGGUCAGUCAGCACUGAGACUGCCUGGGAAGCUUCUCUGUAGGGACGGGUGUCCCUGGAGCAGCGGGCCCAGGCCCAGUCUGUGCUGCUGCGUUCCUGCUGUGCCCCUCUCCUGGUCUCCCGCUGCCCUGCGUGACCAUGGCUGUGCAGCUGAUCCUGAUUGUCCCCUCUGUACGGCGUGUGUGCGUGCCACUAUGGGGUAGGGGCAUGUUUGACCUGCCCCAUUCUCCACCCCCUUCUUCCCCACAUCUGCCUCACUCUCAUCUGCCUGCUGCUGGCUUUGUUCCGGGCGCUGCAGUGCUCUGUGCCCAAAACUUACCACCAGGAGCUGUUCUACCGGCUGUGCCCACACCUCGCUGGCAUAUGUGUCUGAGAAGCCCCUGCACGUGGCCAGCGAGGACCUGCUGCCCUUUUGAAAUAAGCACUAAGCAGGGCUUAUUGUCACCAGGUAGCCAGACAAGAUGAGUGAGAAAAUGUAUGCUGUCUUUUGACACAAAUACAUAAGCCCCAUGUGGUGCCUGGUUCAGCAGUUCAGCUUGCCUUCACGCACUUUGCCUGGUCAUAGGGAAAGUGGCAGGCUCUGAUUCAAUGGCAGUGUUGUAUGGACACUGUAUUGGAUGUAUAUAGGCAAUGUAUUUGGAUGCUCUGCUUCCAAAAGUGCAACAGCUUCUGGAGACCCAGGUGGGACCCCAUAGGUGACGGUCCUCUCGGCACCAAGCGUCCAGUUGCCAGCAGCAGUGAGUUCACUUUGGGGGACUUUGGUGAUGGGAGGUGCCAACCAGCAAGCCUUCAAUUUCUGCUACUAAAUGCAGGCUUGGAAGCAAGCUACGUGUGGGAAAUAUACUUGGUGCAGGAAAGGGGAUGUCCUUAGCCAAGGUGCUGGAAAACUGAAGGAAAACAGGUGAAACUGCAGAUCUAUCAACAAAAACGUAAGCACGUGACACUUGACUUGGCAGGUCUGUGAGAAGGUCAGCUUCCCCGUGUUUGUAUUUCAGCCAUCAUCCUCCAUACUGGAGAGGCUUUAUCCGCUUGGCUUGCUUAAUUGCAGCACGUUUGACACGCAUGGAUAACCUGUGCAAUAGCGUCCUUGAUCCAGACCCCAUUUCCAUAUUGCAUCUCUUCCCCAAUGGCCUGAGGUGUCAUGGGUGCACCGAGCUGGAAAUAAUUCCCUCCUGGGGCUGUUGAAGCCCUAGAAAUGUUUGCCAAGUGAAGCUGUGGAUGCUCCAUCCCUGGAGGUGUUCAAGGCCAGGCUGGGUGGGGCUCUGGGCAGCAUGACCCCGUGGGUGGCAUCCCUGCCCACGGCAGUGGGGUUGGGGUUCUAAGCUCUUUGCUGUCCCUUCCACCCCAAGCCGCUCUAUGAUUCUGCGUUUCUAUGACGUAAGCACGGGCCCCACGCAGCCCUGGUGCAGCACAUCACAAGAGCAGCAGCCCGCGGGGAGCCGCCACCCGGAAUCUCGGAGCCGUGAGGUCACAAUGCCCCGUCCAAUGGCUGUGCGGUGCUGUGCCGUGAGCUCACAAGGCCUGGCUGCGACGCUGUCCUGUGCCGCAGGCUUUGCUCUGUGCGACGCUCACUGUGGCUGCAGCGGUGGUGUUGGAAGCAUGGUGCGAGUGUGGGGAGCCAUGGCCCCUGCCCGCUUUGUCCUCUUCCUCCUACUGAUGGCCAUGUGUUUCCGGGAGACCUGUGCUGCUCCGUGGCGAGCACCGGGAGCAGGAGAUGAACUUGGUGCUCCCUUUCCGGAUGAUCGUUUGGAUCCGGAUUUUGUGCCUGUGCCUCUGGGACAACCCAGAGGCCCUGCUGGUGAAUCAGCAGAACAGAAUCUUGCCUCUGAGCCUGAAGGGGAUGCUGGAGAUGUGACUGGAGGAGGUGAUCCAGGUUCCGCUCUGAGCUCUGGGACUGAAACUCCGGCAGAUCGCAUGGGAGUGCCCCCAGGGAGGGCUUUGCCCGGUCAUGUGUUUCCUCCUGCGCUGGAGCCCAGCUGGAAUCCCAGCGGUCCGGAAAAAGGAAAGGAUGAACCCAAAGAGGAGAAUACUCCCAGGGCUCAUCCCGUCUCCUCAAGGAACUGGUGAAGGAAAUGGAGAAGGCAGCGCGUGGAACUGACCAACAAAGUGAGCAGGAUGCACUGCAGGAAGGCAGCCAUCCCACACUGCCAGUCUCGGGCAAAGGAACGCAGGCAGCGCCAACAACUGUCAUGCCAGGGAUGAAUGCCGGGACGAGCACAAAGGCUGCUGUUGGCAGAUCUGCGCGAAGGCGCCACAUCGCAGCGAUGGUACUGUUCUCAGCUGUGCUGCUGUCUGCGCUGGUGGUGGCCUGUGGUGCUGUGAUAUGGAUGUGCCAAAAAUACGUAGUGUGCAAGAGAGAAGAGAGAGCAGCAGAGCAGGCUCAUCCUGAUACCAACUAGGAGAGAGUUCCAACUGGAGACGAGGGCAGAACGGAGCUGGGAGAGGCAGCCGAAGAGACUCUUGCCCCAUCAAAGAAGACUCUCAGCCAUCGUCCCAGUGCAUUCCAUUCUGCCAUCCAAGAGGCCAAAGGUCUUCAAAGUCAUCUGGAAGACUUGGAGCUUGAACUCAAAGCCGUGAAAGAGGUCCACGGGAACAGUCCUGAGUGCUGCUUUCUGUCAGGGGACGGCCCUGAAAGUGAGAGCGGAGAACCAGCAGCAGAGCUUUUGUCCUUCACCCUGCAUUCUCUGGGACAAGCAUCAGCAACAUUUCAAAGAUUCUUAGCUCGGCACAGCUACAAUCCUGUUGAGGGUCCUAAUGAGGAGCCAGAAAGCGAGCUUCCUCUGACCGCUGGACAACACCUUAACGUCUUUGGAGCUGUGGAUGAGAAUGUCUGGUUUCAGGGAGAGCUGACAGAUGGCACAAGAGGACUGGUCCCAUCCAGUUUGGUUGCGGAGGUUUCAGAUGAUGAACUGGAUACAACGAUGCCUCCGGAGCUCUGUGCUCUCCUGCUGGAUACUUGAUGAAUAAGUGGAUGCAGAGAUUCCAUCAUGCAGCAACAUCCUGUCAAAAUUCCUGCGUUACUCCAUCUGCAGGACUACCCCCUGCUCCACUUGAUGUUCAGGUGGAGUGUGUGCAGGACGUGGAUGAGCUCCUUUGGGAACACUCUGAGGUGACUGACAGUGUAACUGCAUAGUCUUGUGGUAUAUUAAACAAACAAACAAACAAACACCACCCACAAUAAAACAACCAACCAACCAACCCAAAAAGCGCUGCUCUUUUUCUUGGAUACACUGAGGUGAUCCUUUUUCUAGCUGAGACUUUGCAAUGAGUCUUGAAGCAGAUUUGAGCCGGUAGAAGUUGGCAGUGUCUGCAUUCCGUUCUCCUGAUUUCCUUGCUGGUCAGAGUUAAGGUGCCAUGCAUCCAUUCCCCAGCCCUAGCUGUCUCCUGAAUCAUGAGAACAGCCUUUCCAUAUUGUGGAAAGAACUGGAGUGGAUUCACGCUGAAGGACAAGAUGCUUGCAGACACGUAAGCUCAAGAAGAGAAUGCAGAGUCCACGGAAACUCGCUGCCAAACAACGAUGAGAAAGUAGAAUAGGCUCCUGUUGUUGAAGAUGGGACGGUGAAACAGAUGUCUCAGCUCAACACAACGCCAGUAGGAGCUGGUUCGGGCUACCCCCCCUUAAAAGGUCGGAAGUUCACAGCGAGGUAGACUACGAGCCUUCAUCCACUGACCACCAGAGACCCACACCACAUUUUUAGGAUGCGUGCUCAAGAGGGUGGGACAAUACGUUAAUAGUUUCUCAGAAUUCCAGCCCAUUUUUGUGGAACGUAAUGAAUAUGUGGAUGUUAUGUCUGUAAGUAUGUAACCAGUGCUUUUCUCUGUGUGCGAGUUAGGAGGAGAUAUCCCCCCCCGCACCCGGCGCCGUAAUGAGCGUACCUGCUUUGUAACCUUACGUGGGUUCCAGAGUUUGAUUCCACACGUCACUCCCUUCACUAUUAAGAGGACAAAGAACUUCUGGCACAGAAGGAUGCCCACCUGCAAGGCUCAAAUUGCACGCUGCUUCCUCCCUCUCUGCUCAGUAAAACUCUGUGUUGGGCUCAUUUGGAA